AUGGUAAGAGUCUACGGAGAAGCCAGUUUUCUCUACAAAAUUUGGCAUUGGAUUCUUUAAAUAUGGGAAAUUCUUAUGCUAUUUAUGGCAUCUUGGUUUAGCAAAGAUCCCAGAUACGUCGAUAAAAAGGACGCCUAACCUUUAAGAGCUGGACCGAGUAAUAAAGGAAGUGGAGGUGGAGGAGGCCCAGGAAGUGGGGGCGGUGGAGGUGGAUUCGGAGGAAACUCUGGAGGAGGAUCAAGUAAUUCUAAUGAUAGACCCUAGUUUAGACCUGGAAGAAAUAUUAGAGGAUUGAAUCUAAAUAGAAAUACAGCUAGAUUUCCUAUGGGAGGCGGGUGA